GUGACUGCCGUUGUCCCGCGCCCCCCAAGUAUAUAUAUAUAUACAUAUAGCUUAAUUACCAAUUCCCUUCAUGGCUUGAUCAUCGUCAUCCAGUCUAGUCAACUUCAUCACCUCCCCCAUUUAGCUUUCCUUGUUUCUAUUACACACACACACACUCCCUCCCUCAUUCUCUCUAUUCAACCCUUACUACUAACCUCUUAUCUUACUUUCUUUCUUUCUACACACACACAUAUUGUAAUUAUUCCCUUUCUCCACACUGUUAGCUUUUUGUCUCCUCUUCCCCCACCCUACCCUGCUUACCUCCAUUCCACUUUCCCCAUUCUUCUUCUUCUUCUUCUUCUCCUAGUAGAUCCACGCUCUCCAACCUCCACAUGUCUCCAUGAUUUUGAUUUAAAUGUCUCCCAACAUCAAAUCCAUUUCUGCCCUGUUUCUGUGCUUUAUGCUUUAAUUUAAUUCACUACUACCCUCUCCCCCUGUCCUCUUCUAAUUAAUUCCUCCUUGUAUAUUUCUCCCUGCAGGUUCUUGAAAGGGAUCGAUCUUGUUUGGCACUUGGCUUUUUUUUUUUCUAAAAUCUCUGUCUUUCCCUUAUAAGCAAUCUUAACUCAAGCCAGCUACAGCAGUUCUGUGCUUAUACAUAUAUAUACAAACAACUCAUAUCCAUUAUUCUUGCAGGGAUAUCACGCACGUAGGAAUCUUUAAUCAAUUAUCUUCGGGGCAAGUUUAUCCCCUACAAACCCUAAUAAGAAACAAGGGGCCCAAUCAUACUAUAUAUAUAUAGAGAGAGAGAGAGAGAGAGAGAGAGAUUGGGGGCGGGUGGUGGUCGUGGUGGGGGUUGAUUCCUUUGUCUCCAAGGAAUUAUUAGAUGAUGUGGAUGAUGGGAUACAGUGAUGGGGCAGAAUUCGAUAGCAUCCAGGACCCAUUUACAGGCAGGAAGCUCCGCCCUUUUGUGCCGAGACCAGCCUCCGCAAACCCUCCGGCUGCUGCUUCCUUAACCCCAAUCAACGGCACUGACCUUUUUGCCCUAAAUCACGAUCUCGCAAUGGCGGCUGAGCAGAACAAGAGAGAGCUUACCACCACCAACACACAGCAAGUAGUGGUGAGCUCGCGGUGGAAUCCAACGCCGGAGCAGCUUCAAACCCUAGAAGAAUUGUACCGAAGCGGCACGCGAACUCCAUCGGCAGAGCAAAUCCAGCACAUCACGACCCAGCUCAGAAAAUACGGCAAGAUUGAGGGGAAAAAUGUGUUCUACUGGUUUCAGAACCACAAGGCCAGAGAACGCCAGAAACGACGUCGUCAGCAGCUUGAGUCCCUCUCAGACGAGCCACAGAUCACCCAUGCCAAUCACAAUCACAAUCACCACCAACUCCAUACACAAAUUGAGGAAAGGAAAGAAUUACCGCAAGGGCCGAAUAAGACAGCAUUUGAAGUUGAACAGACGAAGAACUGGGCAUCUCCUACAAACUCCAGUACACUUGCAGAGAAAACUGAGUGCAAUACUACUACACAAGGGGGGGCAGUGGCAGUAGCAGCAGCAGAGGUAGAAUGCAAAGCAGGAGGAGCAGAAGGAAGAGGAUGGGCACAGUUGGACAUUGAUGGUGCAGAAUUGCAGCAGCAGCAGCAGCAGCAGAGGAGGAAUGCCACGUGGCAGAUGAUGCAUUUGUCUUGUUCAUCUUCUCCGUCUCCAUCUCCAUCUCCCACCAACCAUCAGCAUCAUCACCAGCACCUGAUUAUGGCUUCCUCCUCCUCGGCCUCUUCUGCACUCACUGUCACUUCUCCCGUCGUCACUGCGGCGGCAUCAAUGCAGCCACCUCGUCACCAUCAUCAUCAUUUUCUCAACUUCUUUUCAAAUCCCCGUAGUGUUCACGACCAUUUGGGGCGGCGGACCAUCAGUGAGGAGGAGGAGGAGGAGGAGUCACGCACAACCCUCCAGUUGUUCCCCAUCUCACACAACUGCAGCUUAGCAAACGAUGGCGAACGAGAGGAGGGAGAAGAAGAAGAUGAUGAUGAAGAAGAAGAAGAAGAUAAUGAAGAUGAAGACGAAGGUGCGCAGAUAGCUAUGGAGGACAACAAUACUGCUGGGGAUCAACACAAUCAGCAUCAUGUUGCUCCAUACCAAUAUUUUGAAUUCCUCCCAUUGAAGAAUUGAUUCAUUAAAUCGAUCAAGUCUAUGAUAUAAUGUAAGAUGGGUUAUUUGUUAAUUUUUUGUUUGAGAGUGUGACUGACAUAAUAUUAUAUUUAUAAUCGUGGAAAGAAUUAUUGUAGAGUA